AUGCCUCACGCCACAGAGACAUUGAACUCGUCGACUAGUGGUGCCUCUAUCUUGUCGUCAUUGCCUAUUCCGAUUCCAAACACUUCGACUGACGAUAAUUCGAGUACCGUGAAUGAUCAAGAUUUAUAUGUUGGUUACUCUACGGACGGUGCCAGUUUUACUUCUCCUCCGUCCGAUUCUCAUUUAAAAGUCCUCGAAAUUAAUCAUUGUCGUGAUAAUAUGUGCUGUGACAUGGAUCAUGGCAACUUACACGAUCUUUUACAGCAUAUUGAUAUUUCUCAUCCGGAAUUAAAAGUGGUUGAUGGUAAUAUAUUUCCGUUCGACACCAGUACCGUCUAUACCCAAUUAGACAACGGGUUCCACACUUUUAAUACAGCUCCUAUUGGUUUCGUGCACCCUUCUAUGACCAAUUCUCCUCAUAGUCCUAUUACUGAGUCAAAAUCUAUUCUUAACAUAUCUGAUGAUUUCAAUUAUCAUACUUAUAUAGAUUAUACUCCUUCAUCUGUUAUGAGUAAACAAAAGUGGUGCCCUCAAAAUCUCUGUCAAGGAAAUGUUUCUCAAGAUGAUAAAUCUUGUGAUUCUGAUACUGACCUCCGUAUUUCUUAUCAAUAUCCUGUGCUGUACGAAAAUAAAAGCUCACUAAAUCCUUCAAAUUUUAGUAUUAAUGAUUCAACUUAUAUUCGUGAUCAAGCUUCUUCAAAUUCUUCUUCAAUAUCUACGAGUUAUGAUUCUUCCCCACAUGCUUUUCAAAUGAACGCUGAUCAAGAUCAAUUAUUAUCUGCUGUUCAAUCUCCAUUAAUGUCUUACCCUCCCACUCCUAUUGAUGCUACUGAUUCUUCAACAUUUUUGCGUUCGGCAACAUCUUCACCUACGAAUUCAAGGGAAUUUUCUUCCUUUAUUCAAGUUUUGGACAAUCAGUCUUCAAUUUUAACUUCUUCUCCACCAUCAUCUACGACUGUUCCUACUAGUAUAAAUAAUAGGCAACAAAAUUCUUCCAUCAUAACUAAAUCAAAUGAUACGAAACCUUCGUUGAAUAAUUAUAAUUCAUUUAACAUUUCGGACUAUUAUAUAUCUCGACCAAAUGGUCCUAUAAGAUCUCAAACAACACCGCCUUCUUCAUCUACUCCUCAAUCUGAUCAACGUCGUCGACGUUCAUUAACCGCAAAUCUUAAUUCAAAUGAUUCUGAUACUUCUCAACAAAAUUCUUAUGUAUCAAGAUCAUCUCCAAAUGUUAAUGAUGAUAAAUCUAAUAAUCAACGUGCUACUAUUUAUAAUCAACGGCGUGCGUCUUCCUCCUUAGAGGAUUCUAAUUUGUUAGUUAAUCAACAACCUUAUAAUAUAUCAAAUUUUGUUUCAUCACAGAGAUCUGAAUCUGUUGAUUCGGAUCCGGAUUUUUCUCAACCUGGUGCUUCAACUACUGUAGUUUCUCGUGAUCAACAUAGACAAUUACCUUCUUCUUCUACUGUUGAUCCUAAUUUGUUGGUUGGGAUGAAUGAAUUUAUAUCAACGAAUACCAAUUAUUUACAAAGCAAUCCUACUUCAUCGAUUGCCCCUCUCCAAAGAUCGUCUUCGGACUCUAAGAAUUAUAUGACUGUUCGAGUUAAUUCAUCUUCAAAUGAUCCACGUGUUCCUUGUACGUCCGGUUCAUUUCAAAAAACAUCGUCCUCAACGGACAAUACUACUAUUGGUUCAUAUUUACCUCCUGUUGCUACCUCACCCUAUUCAACCGACGAUCCUACUUUACCUUCCUCUGACGGUUUUUCUCAAGGAAAAAAAUUUUCAAAGAAACGAUCUAUAUCUACAGAUGCAAGGUCGUGCAAACGCCGUGUUUCAAAGUCAUUAGAAACACCUAAUAUUUCAUCAGUUACUGUCUUGACAUCUGAUGUGUCCUUGAUUACUGAAACAAGUGGUGGGUUAAGUUCAGAUGAUGUAAACAAUCAUCCAUAUCGGUGUCCUGUACCCGACUGCACGAAAGCAUAUAAAAAUGCCAACGGCCUAAAAUACCAUAACGAACACGGACAUACUAGCAGCGACGGCGCUCGGCAAAAACCCUGGCCAUGCCGCGUAGAAAAUUGUCACAAAACAUAUGGUAGUAAAGGGGGUCUUAUUUAUCAUGUUAACCGCAACCAUCCAAAUGACUUAUGGGCUUUACCAUAA